UAUAUAUAUUUUGAUAGAUAACAAAAAUAUGUUUUGACAACAACUAUUACAUCGUCAACCGUCCGGGAUCGCGAGCCUCUACUUCCGUUUUUUCCAGCGCGACCAUUAAACUUACUAACCUGUUAGCCAGGGCUGUGUGGAGGUGCUGAGAUGUCGGGCGUGCCCAUUGUGCCCUGUCCCGUACGCUUGGGCUCCGUCAAAACCGGAGGUGUGGCGGCUCGGCUGCACCAGUUCACCCGGGAGAGAAACCUGCAAAAAGCAGAGAAGCUCCUCAAGCAAGGUGUGGACGUGGACUGUGUGAAUCACCUGGGCCAGACGUCUCUUUUCUGCGCGUCUCUGCUGGGGUUCGGCGCCGUGGCCGAGCUGCUUCUUCAGUACGGAGCCGAUCCCAAUCGCCGCUGUGAUGACAGGAGCACUCCGGUCCACGCCGCCGUGUUCUCCUGUAACACGGGGCUGCUCAGCGCUCUGCUGGAGGCAGGGGGAGAUCUGCGACUUCACGACGAUCAGGGCAGGACGCCGAGAGAUUGGGCCGAGAUUGGAGCUCAGGAGCAUAGUGCUAGGAUGGUCAGUUUCAUUAAGAGAUGCAUGUCUGUCAUGAGGAGUCUGUCUGAGUCGCAGUCACCCAGAGAGAGACGCGUCACUCCCACUUCCUCCAAGAGCCUCCUGCGCUCACCGUCUGUCCUGGACUUCCUCAGACCGGUCUCUGACGUGGUGUUUAACAAGAAAGUAACCACAAAGUCGCCCAUAUCUGACACGGUCCAGUGUUUCGGCUUUGGAAAGUUGUGCGUGAAGAAGUCCGGGAUGUCUGUCGGCGUUCUCGCCUCCGUGCCGUUAAUACCAGACUCCGAGUUAUCGCAGGCCGAAGACGAGGCUCUGCACUCGUUCCCGUGUGGAUCCUUCAGCAAAAUGACCAACUACAGUUGGAGAGGAAGCCGUGUUACGGUGAAGGAGCUGCAGAUCGACAGCACGCACCGACACGCCGCGCAACACGGCUACCUCGACCUGCUUGUCACCGAGCUCGACUUCUGCUGUCAGCUGUUCCACCCCCACAUUCUGCAGCUGAUGGCAGUAAGCUCCUCCAGUCAUCUGCAGCAGAGCAAACUGGUGUACGAGAGAGUGCAUGUGGGCUCACUGUACACCCUGCUGUACCACAGGCGAGCGGAGUUCCCCGUCCUACAGGUGUAUGAGGUUUUGUCACUGAUCCUCCAGGUGUGUGAAGCUCUGUUCUACCUGCACAGCCGGUCCCUGGUGCUGCGCUCCCUCUCCUCUCACUCUGUCCUCGUCGUGCACCCAGGGGUUGCUAAGGUCACCGGUCUCGGCUUCACGGUGCCCAGUGAUUGUAGUCCCUCCUCCACUCUGCCCGUCCCUGCGAUGCUGUAUAACUGGGCAGCUCCUGAAGUGAUCAGGAGGAAAGCAUGCACAGGAAAAGCAGAUCUGUACAGCAUCUGUGCUCUCAUACAGGAGCUGUACACUGAUGCAGUUCCGUGGGGUUCUGUGAAUCCAUGCUGGAUAAAGCAGGCCGUAGACGCGGGUCAGGCUCUCUUUGCAGAUCCGGCCGUGCCACAGCCGUAUUACGACCUGCUGCUGAACGGAUUGAAGCCCAGCGCUCAGGAGAGAACCUGCAGCCUCCAGGACCUGCGAUACACACUGCGCUUCCACCUCAGCGAGCUGAGCGAGAGAGAGAGGAGGAGUGAAACGCGCCCCCUACAGGCCAGGUCAAGCCCACACAGAUGGAGCGCAGACAUCAGGAAAAAUCGAGACAGUGUGCACCCAGAUGAGCAGCAGGUGGUGGAUAAGGUAAAUCAGGACCAGCUCCGAGAGCUAGACAGCUUUUUGGAGAACCAAACAAAGCAAAAAAGUUCCCUCAUUAAUCUCCAAAAUGAAGCGACAGAGUGCUGCACGUCCUCGGACACCAUCCUCCAGGACAUUUCCUUCCGGGACAUCCUACCCCUGGAUGAGUCGCACCUUUCGUCCCGCCCUCCAUUUGUAGAGGAAGAGUACACGGAAGAAGAAGAAGCGAGGACCCAGUCUUCCAUUUGCAACCACGUCAGCUCCAUUGUCCUGAACCUGAAAGUGUCUCAGCUGCUGCGGCAGCAGGUGGAGAGCAGCUUAGAUAAGUUUGAGUCGAGGAUAAUGGGAAACACGUGCUCCGGAAUCCCACAGUUCGACGAGCCAGACGGGUGUAGAGGCAGACAGGUGGUGAUGCUGAAAGCAGCAGGACCUCCAUCAUAUAACUACAUACCCAGUGUGAUGCGUCAGGAGAUGGAAGAAGAAGUCACAGAGUUCUGCUCUGCUGGAGAGGAGAGCUUCGAAAGUUCUGAGGGAGAUAAAAACAUCUCUCAGAGAGACAGGAGGACGAGGGGAGGACAGGAGCAGGCAGUCAGAUUCACUGAGGAGUGUGACGGGUUGUACCAGUCAUCAGCGGCAUGCACAUCACAGGAGCUUACGCAAAACCAGCGUGCUGAACACAACUGGACCACAGGUGAGGUGAGCGCGGCAGUGGCUUGGAUGACGCGGGGUUUCCUGAGCUGUGCUGCAGGGGCACUGGUGGAGAGCAGUGACAGUGAGGAGGCGCAGGAGCAGCCGCAGCGCCCCCUGAUGGACGCACAGGAGGACGCAGAGGAAGCUCUGUUCAAGAGCUUCGCAGGUGUGCACAGUGAGAGUGAAGAGAGCACUGACUUCCACACCAUGAAUCACACCUUCACACUGCCCAAUGCUGUGUAUGAGGUCAAAGGUCAACACAGGGAGGAGGACGGUUCAGACUCGGACUACGAUCAGUCACCUCUGGAACCUUCCAGCAUCUUCUACACUCCAAAACACAAUCAAGAAAACACCCACGCUAAAGAGGAGCUGUCACAGACGCCUAAUUCAGAGGAUGAUCCGGACGUGACAAUAGAGGUGUGUCGCCCUGACAUGACCGUAAAGACCACAUUCAGAGAGUGUCAAUCUUCACCAGAGGAGCCCGAACACACUGAAGCAGAAUCAGCACCGCCGUCUGUACACACCACCAGGAGCAGUCAUAUGGCAGAUAUAGCUGAUCUCUCCAGCAUCACCUGUUCACCUGCACAACUCCAGGAGUGGGUGGGGCAAAACGAAGCCCGGCCUAGCCCACACAGCACACAUUUCCCACCAUGCAACAGUACCCCAUGCAGCCCGCGUACACACACAGCAGGUCGAGGCUGUAGCGCCCCCCGCAGGGAGGAGGUGUGUGUUUCCCCACUCGUCCCUCACCUGCAGUCUCUGAUGGAGACGUCUCCAUGGGGCAGCGCAGAGUCUCCGUCCCGCACAGAGAGCUACAACACGGCCAGACUGGAGCGCACUGACACGAUACACUGGUCUGUGCCUGAGAGGAGUUUUCCUCAGGGGGAUUCAGAGACGCCCAGCUCUGGCAACCAGGAGUUCAUUACAGCCAGCUCAGGGGUCAGACACAGUGAGGAGAAGAGCCAGGACCACAGUGACACAGCAGCAGUGGCUGAUGACCAUGAAGAUACGUUCAUUGAGGAAGAGGAGGAGUGUAACAAACUGUCAGAUGCUGAGCAGCAUGCAGAAUCAUACGGGCAAGAAAUUCCAGAAGGGCAAGAAGCACAACAUCCUGAUCCAACACAGAGACCAUUAGAGUGUGACACAGAAAAAGACCGAUCUUUAGAGGAGGCUAAAAGAGCAAACUCCACCCUGGACGAGGUUCUGCAGGGCCUGCUGGAGAACCCUGAGGCACAGAGAACCGUGAGAGGAGCUGCAGUAAUUACGGAAAUGUUAUCAUCCUAUCCUGUUAGUGUGAGCGCAGGAUCUGAUCAGGAAGAGGAGCGGGUGUUUGGACAGAGUGUGAGUGCGGAGCGGGGAAUCUGUCAGCAGUUGGAGGAGGAGGAGGUGAUCCUGGAGGAGGACUUCAGCUGUUCCAGAGGAGAUGCCAGUGAAGGAGCGGCAACGAAAGGAACAAAGACAAAAACACACUCAUCUCAGGUGUCAGGAUCGGACAUAGAGAAGCUAUCUUAAGAUUUUGAGCUAGAACAUUACUCCAUCUGGAGCCAGCAGCACAGAUGGAUUGUUCUGGAGCACACACCCAGGAUCGAACACUGAGUGAACCCAAAAACAGGAGUCUAAUGGAGCCUCCUGGAGAAGGAUCUUCCAGCAUGUUCUGUUCUGCGUGUUCGAGUCCUGCGUGUUUGUGUUCCGCGUGUUUCAGUCCCGCAUGUUUCUGUUCCAGGUUUUACAGUUUUUUAAGUUAGAAAAAUUUGAAGCCUUUUAAUGAAAAUAUUCAUCACAGUAAUUAAUAAACGUCACAAUAAUUUAACUAUUAGUUUUAAUUCUUGAUCCUUGUUUGUCUAAUCUAAUGUUCUAACUGACACUUGUAAUGUGUAAUAAAUGUUUAUUAAAUACAGGUUGGAA